UGCUGUUACACAGUCUAUUUAAAUGGCUGCGCCCUUUACAAAUAUUUCGGCAUUAAAAGGAUUUUGAAAAAGAUCCUGUAAGCUGUGACUUGACAUUGUUACAAGGGGUUACCAGUAUACAGCAUGGAGGACACACUGAGCCGUCUAGAGUUUAAGAACACCACUGUUCAGCUACAGGCUGUGGACAAGCUUUACCAGGCUGUAAGGAAGGUGGCUGCUGGAAAACCUCUGUCCUCCUCCAGUCUAGAAACUGCAGAAUGUCAGUUACUAUGGCAAUGCACAGGAAGUGUAGACCAGUUUGUGGCUCUUCAGUCAAGUAGCCGAUGGUUACAACUUGUACAAGAUGGGUGUGCAGAAUUCACAUACAUCCUCAAUGGCUUUCUCAAUCAAAUCCCUAUAGCCAAGAGUAUGCUGGGUAUUGUACAUGGCCUGGGGGAGCUGAUGGUUCUACAAGUGCUGCUGAAGAUUUCUGCAGGGGUACAGGUCUCCUGCCCAUAUAAAAUCAGGAAUCCACCGCACCCGUUCAUCACCAUGGUAACCAAUCGGCCCUCAGAAUCCUGGAUGCUCAUUGUGGAGUUUGUAGGACGACUUUUUUCCUACAACAAUGGCCGCAUCGGAAAGUCUGUGUUUGUGAUGCUCGACCCAUUCCUGAAGUUUGUCUUGUUGGACCCCAAGAGAGCCUCGGAAUACAGCAACUUGAGAUGGUCCCUGCAGCAAGCCCUCCUGAAGGGGGUCACUCAGCAGGUGGGGGAGGAGUCAAGGGCAGGGAUGCAGUAUUUGAUUGACAGCCUCUGUCAAAUGCAGAUGAAAACUUCAGAUGACUUAACAGAGACUUCAAGAUUGUGCACAGGUCUUCUACAUCUCUACAACAGCAAAGUGACUGACUUUGACCUUUAUCAAGGUCAGAAACUUUGUGCAGUGUCCUUGACCUUGACUUCAAGGUGCCAGUCGCAUGGGUUGGACUACUUCACAUUGCUUCAAGCUCUUCAGACAACCUGCCAACAAUGUCCACAGAUCCUGUGCAGAGAUGAACAUUGUGGGAUCUUGGCAGAGGUUCUCUUAAGGGCCUCUCCGGACGACUGUGUGGUCCUUCUGUUGCUAGCCAAGUCUAUAUUGAAAUCCAAUGAUGCUGGAGAAGCAAACCGGUGUACAGAGGGUUUCCUGUACUUGCCUCUCAUCAACAUCCUGGCACUUCCCUCAAAUGUUGCUGUGACACCAACACACAAAAUGAUGACAUCACUUGCUUCGGAGCUCCUUGUCCUCAUAGAGCAAAGGAAACAAUAUUCAAGAUUGGUCUGUGAUGGUUUGGAGUCGGAAGCCAGUCUUCCAGGGAUGGAGCAUCCUUCUUCUGCAUGGGUGAAACUGGCAGGACAGUUCUCGAAGCAAAGUGCCCUUGAUUGGCUCUCAAGGCUGGCUGAACAGUUGUCUCAUAUGUGUGACGUGCCUGGGGGCCUGGUACAUCUUCUGGUGUGGCUUCUACUGACCAGUACUGACCCCUCACUUGGCAUGCUGGCCAUAGACAGGCUGGCAGAAGUGGCCAUCAUGGACCACUGUCAGACUCUGUACAUCCUACCUGUAUACCUGUAUGCGAUUGCAAGGAAACACUGUCCCACACUUCGCCACCAUAUCUUGUUGGCCAUUCCCAAGCUUGGCACUAAUAAGUACAACGUCCCGCCAGUCCUGAAAACCAUCCAGGGUCUCGGUCAGUCUCCGAAACUUAAGAGUAUCUCCAUUAGGCUGCUCACGGACCUGUGGUCACUGCAGGACCGCUGCUUUCCCCAUCUGCUCAAGGUUGUCACGGAGAAAGGUCAUGGCCAGAUGUCCAUGGCAACCCUUGUUGAUGAGGUGACACUGGCAAAAGCCAAUGCUAUCAGGACAGUGUGUCAGAAAAGACCAGAGCAGCAUGGGGCAGACAUGUUAGGUCCAAUAUCUGACCUUCUCAACAUGUGUACAGACACACUGAGUGCACCGGUAGCAGCCUUGGCAUUGGAGGCCCUUUACUUUAUAUGUGAGGCGGAGGUGAUUGACAUUGUGUCCACAUGGAAGGUGUUGGAAUCUCUGCUGCUCAGAGAAACAAGGAGUGUGGUAGUUGAGAAGAUCUGUCAGCUGUUGUCACUGGUGCCAAGGCUUGCUGUCAGGACAGAGGAAUAUCAGGUGUUUCUUGAGGAAACAACAUGCCGACUGUGGCUGUACACACGGACAGAUGAUCAGCGUGUGAUAACUGCGGCCUGCAAGUCACUGGCACACUUCAGUAGGGAGACUUUCAAGGCAUCACAAAUGAACUUUCAGCUCAUAGAAGAUUUUGUGGCUCAAGCAAAAUCUUGUCUAGAGGAGGGAGCCAGCCAAGAUGUUCCUAUGGAUACACUUGUACCUAGUGUUCCUGGUGUCUGCUACGUCCGCCUGCUACAGCAAAUGAGUGGAAUGCCCUUAAAAGGCUUCAAGGACUUGAUGGCUGCCAUGACUGCUGAAGAAGUGUCCAACCUUCCUCGUGGGAUAUACUACACAUCACUACGGCGACCAGGGGCAUCGACCAAUCAGAACAAAGCAAUCGCAGGCAUACCAGUGACCAUUCAAACCCUGUAUGAAAAGUCCAAGCAGAUUGGCCUGAGACCCAGUCUUGCUGCGGCCCUGCUGUUCUGCUAUGACCCGCCCGUGGAGGUAGGUCGGGAUGGUCGCCCACGUAAACACUACAGCAUGAGUCAUGGCAAGCAGUUCCAGCAGAUGUUCACAUUGUUGCUGCAGGACGUGCAAGCCCAGCCCUCCAACUGGCAGCAGACGACAACCCUGCCUGGGGCCUGGGCAGCAUUCAUGGAGCGCUUGUUUGCUUCCAUGAUGCAAGCAAGGAAGACUGAGAUCGAGGCCCAACUUAGGCGAGACUUCAUCGAUACCAAGGAGUCCCAGGAGAAGACAACUGCAGCCUGGCUCUGGGUUAGGGACACGGUUACAGAUGUCAUAAAGAAAUCCACACGAGGUAGCCCCACAGUUCAGUUCAAUGCUAUACUAGCACUGACUGGUUUGGCCCAGGCAGUUCAGCGCUUUGCAACCAGCCUGAGCAAGGAGGAGAUGGCAGCAGCCAAUCAGAUCACAGAACACAUCAGCCACUCCCAUUGGCUUAUGCUGUUAUUAGACAGUCUCAUGUCAUUGGUGGAUUUCACUUUCAAGCCAAAGGCUGGUCUUAUGGGAUUCUGUCAACAGCGCAGUGCAGAUGAUCGCCUCCCCGCAAGUGUAUUGGCGCAGGCUGCAGCGGUCCUGGCUCUCUGUCACCUGACCUCCAUCACUAUGGCUACAUAUAAUGAGCUGACAUUCACUGUGUUGGAGCACCUGCAGAUUCGGUUGCCAGGGAGACAGGAAGACUCGGAUCUGCAGCCCAUUUUGCACCUCGUUCAUGGCUUCGGUCUGGGUGUGAUGCUGGCCAAUCUAGUGGCAGAAAACUUCCCAGAUGUUGCUGGUACCAGGGGAGCUAUGGCUGUGCUGAAAGCACAAGAUGCCCUAGAAACUUGCUGUGUGUCUUCUUCUGAAUACAGGACUGGUCCACUGCUGGGGCUACGUGAGAGCCUGGCUGCUCUAUGCCUGGAUGGGAAGACAGAGUCACGUGUGCACGUGGUUGCCAUGCUGAGAAGGCUUCAGGGGCUGCUAGCUACAGUCAGCCCCAGUCGCACUGAGUUCCAGCCCCUGUGUGUGUGCCUUGGUGGAGGUACCAGUGUCGCCUUCCUCACCAAUGCAGUGGACUUGGAGAUGGCUGACACUGUCCGGGGGACACUCUAUAAACUGAUGAAGGAAAACACAGAGAACCAGAGUCUUGCUCUUGUGGUUGGCAGCCUCUGCUACAGCCUGAAGAUGGGAGGCAGUGCCACGAUUGGUCAGUUAAAAUCUACCCUGCAAUCUGAUUGGCUGGACUGUGUGAGAUGUGGAGGGAACUCUACCCUGGGGAAGGUUGCUUCUCUCCAUGGACUGUUUGCUUCCAUUGGUCUUGAAAAAGAUUUGCUAAAGGUUGAUUCAUUAACCAGUGAAGGCAAUAUCCAGUCAGACCCAGUUGUGAAAUGUGCCUUUGACCUAGUGACUCAGUCUGAUGGAACACUGCCUGGUGACCUGGUUGGUAUCCAGGCAACCACUGUAUGGUUGCUAGGGCAAUUCUUCAUGGCAUCAUCAUCAGCACCUAGCUCCACCAAUACAGUUCCAGGAAACUUCAGCUACCUUCCAGAGUCCAGCAUUCUGAGAGCUGUAGUUGAUUUCCUUAUUUCCGCUGGAAAGCUGGGUCCUGAAAAUGUCCAAACUGAGCAUGUGGAGGUUUGCCUCAAGAUUAUCCAGGAGAAGAUAACUGGUGUAUUACCCCCUCUCAACUGGAUGGCAGUUCUCUCCCCUCUCAUGAAACUGCCAUAUGGUGAUGAAACAAUGAAACUAUGCCUACAGCUUGCAUUGAAUGUUUGUACCAACUCGACGUCCGCUGCAUUGUUCCUCUCAUCUUGGAUCACAGUGCCUCUGUUCAACACUCUUCCAGGCGACUGCCAGGUGCUCCUGCUGGCCUCUGCAGGUUGCUAUGUGAAGAACAUCACCCCAGCUGUGCUGCAGACCUUCCUGGAGAAAACAUGUCUGCCUGCUGUAGGUUUGGAGCAAGGGAAGUCACUCUGCAAGGCAGCCUUAAAGGGACUGAACGCUGCCCUCUGUGUACCAGACCCCCCUGAGUCGGUUGCCGCCAUGCUCUACCGUAGCGUCUGUGAAGCAUUCAAGACACUGAAGAUGGAAAAAGAUCCUAGUGUACAGAACAGUCUAGCUGAGUGUAUGAGCCAUGUGCCAGACAAAAUCCUUCAUCAACUUACCAGCGGGGACUGUCAGUGUGCAGACUCGUUACUACGGGGGACUCAGGUGCGAUGUUACCUUGUCUCACACGGCUGUCAACCUAUCGCUCUCCUCAACAGCUGCAUUGAUGCUGCCUUCAACUUGGAUUGUGAGAGAGACCACUGCCUACAUUUACUUCUGCACUGCUUCUACAUGAUGUCUCUGCAAGAGAAGGCAAAGUCCCGCCCCCUGGAGCGUUGCAAUUGGCUUCUUGAACUGAUGGGCCACUGUUACAAUCUCGCUACUGGAACGUAUACCAUCAACCACUCAAACAAGUCAAAGGUGGUGAAGUUUGCUAUAAGUCUCAUGGCAGGAGCAGUCAGCCUCUGGACAGAUAAGUCAGCGGCUGCCAAACUGGGCCUCAGCCCAUGCCUACUGCAGACAUCUGACCUCUCAGAGGUCACAGUGGCCAAGGGUCAAGGUCACGUGGCUCCAGGGGUUACACUUGCUCCAUUGGAGGCUCUAGCUGACUGUGUUGGGCUGCUACAGAGGGAACCCUGGGUGCAGAUAUUGUCAAAGGUGUUAGACUGGCUGAUCAAUAUGUUGGGUGUGGAUGAGGGAAUCCUUCAUGGGCUGGACAAGAUGGCUCUCUUGGAAUGUCUGAUAGGGCUACGUCAUUGUUCAGACUACACCAAAAUCACAGUGUGGACAAGGGCAGUACAAAGUGUUUACAGCUGACUCUAAGAAAGUGACAUACAGACAUUGCAGAAACAUCAUUCCAAGCAUUGUCAUGCAUACUGGAUGGAAUAUGCAUAGGUCUGUUAUCUACAGACCACUUAGUUUUGUUAUAAUGAAUGAUUUAUUAAUAAUUUCUUCAGGAUUUUAAUUCAGCAUAAAUGUGUUCAUGGUUACCAAAAUUAAAAACAUGCGUAGUUCUUUGUUUCUAAACUUCUUAAAAUUACAAAAAGUAUAUGAAUACAUGAACAUUAAAGCAUUUAGAUGUGAUUUGUGUUUUGGUUAAUAUUUUACGGUAACCCAUCUAGCACAAUUCAUACUGCUACAUGUAUGUACUGAUAUGCUCUAUGUGAAUGCAUUAUUAUUUCUGCUCAUUUGGAAUGGAAUGAAAUAAAUGUUAGACACUAA